GUUCAUUCUGAACAGCCAGAGAACACAAUGUGGAGUCACAACACAACAUUCUGUGCUUUUCGUGCUGUUUCCAAGGACACAUUGAGACAAACAUUGACUGUGCCACAAGAUUACAACCCAUUGAAAGAUUCAUCUGAUGCUUUUAAAGUGCGAAUCAGCCUGAAGACAGCUCUUGGAGAUGAGGCUUAUGAUUGGGAUGAGAGCGAACAAUUCUACUUUCAAGCAACAGUAGCAUAUGGUAUGAGAAAAUCAAUGAAUAAACCAUUUAAUGUGUCCGAUGUGCACAUAUGUGAGGAAACAAAAAGGAUCUCAUUUUAUUUUGUGGUGACAGAUCCACAUACAGCAUUGAAACCUCUUCCCAAGACACAUGUGGAAAAAGCAAUCAGAAUGGUCAGAGCCAGAUUCAAUAAUGCCUUUUCGCUGGAUGACAACACACUGGAGUUUAUUGGUAUUGAACCUACAUUAGCCCCAGCCCGGGAGCAACCUGUCACUGUGUGGCUGAUAAUUUUUGGUAUCAUCAUCGGCUUGAUAGUAUUUGGUUUAAUUAUGAUAAUUGUGACCGGCCAUCGAGAAAAAAUGAGGAAAGCAAAAGCUGCUGAAAAGGAAGAAGAAAAUGAAGAAGAAAAUUUCAAAGGGGCUGAGAAUGGAAUCCACUGCAGAACACUGGGAGGGAGUGAAGGAUGUCAAAAUGAAGCAUUCCGUCCAGAUGAUGAUAGCUUAACAACACUAUAAAAUCAGCUCUGCCCUACCAUCCAUGCAGGCCAUUGCAGCCUUAAGUACAUUAAUGGUAGAAUUAACUCAGUAAGUAAGUGUUAUUAAAAUUAAACUCCAACCCUUAAAUCAGUUCAGUUUUACUUAUAAUUUUCUUUUUAGAGAGUACAUUUGCUUCAUGUUGAAUGAAGAUAGAUGUGUAGCAAUGUUAAACAUUGCAGCAAAUCCGUAAUUGCUAAAUUGUGUCUAAAGUUGGAGUCUUGCUUAUCUUUCUUUAUUGUGCUGAAUACUGAUCACUUAAGAGAAUAUUAACCUGGUUCAUGGUGAGGGACUGCAUAUAGUAUUCUUGCUUUCAUAGGUCGGGACAUUGAGUGUGAGAGUCAGGAAGUCAUGAUGCAGCUUUAUGAGACUUUGGUUAGACUACAUUUGGAGUAUUGCGUGCAGUUCUAUUCACUCCAUUACACGAAGGAUGUGAAGGCUUUGAAAAGGAGGCAGAGGAGGUUUACCAAAAUAAUAUCUGGUUUA